ACGAGCAGUUCGUCUUCUUUUAACCCAGGUGAGAGGUGGCCGAAAGCAGUUGUUCUUGGAUAAAGUUCAAAACGCAUGGCUUCGAAAAGGGGAUGUAAAGAAUGGUUUCAGGAACGAACAAACUUCGAGAAAACUCUUCUAUCGUUAUCCAGUGUAUUGUUACUCACCUUAUGUUUAGUCAUACUUUUUGGGAUUGCUUAUAAAGGUUCGAAAAUGGAAUGCUUUUCUGAGAAAGAAGACGUGGUGUGUAGAAGUAGAAACUGCAUUAUAACUGCUGGACAGAUACUUUCGAAAAUGAAUUACGAUGUAGACCCUUGCUCCAACUUCUACAAAUUUGCUUGUGGUAGAUAUGGAAGCGAAACAGGACAGGUAGAUUCUGUAGCUCAGAGUUCUGUCGAUUACGUUUACUUUGCGCUUAAAAGACUCAUGGAAUCACCAGCUGUUACCGACGUAGAAGAUUUCGAUGCGGUAAAAUCGCUGUAUGACGUUUGCGUAAACUACAGUGGUCUCAAAAAUGAGUUUUCAUAUUCUAUAGAAACAGUUCACUCUUUAUUGUUACAAUUUGGCAUCGACACUUGGCCAGUGAUAGAUAUUUUUUAUGACGAAGAUACAAAUUUGUCAGUGGAGGAGAGAUUGGUUGGUCUUAAUUUAGUAGGAAUUCCUGUUGUAUUUCAGUUGGAAGUUAUUACAGAAGACAACGUUCCAGACUCACACAUUUUAAAGCUCUCUCCGGGCGGUCCUCAAGACACAAGCCGUUCACCGGAGGACAUACGUUCUGACCAAAGAUUGAGAUCUCGAAUGAUUUCUUUUUUCCUCUUCAUCGGGGCUUCAGAAUCAAGAGCACGAAAAGCUGCUUCUGAUAUCUUAGCCACUGAAAGUCACUUUGCUGAUAUUUAUUGGGAAAAAGAUCAAAAGAGGUGCACCGGGUCGCAUAUUUUAUCUUCUGAAGAAUCUGUAAGUGAAUUAAAUAGAUUCAUACCUGAAUUGAACUGGACAAAAGUAAUGAAUGUCUUCUGGAAGGCUACGGGUAUAGCAAGACCAUACACGAUGAAAUUGUACUGCAAGGAAAAAAUUCGGGAUUACAUGACACGUCUCCUCCAAAACCGAAACAGGUCGUGUUACAACUACCUUGGCUGGCGGUUUAUAGCUCAGUUCUCCAGACAUAUUGAACCAUCAUUCCGCUUCAGACUGGACCCCGCCAUUCCUAGAUGGAAAGAAUGCAUUUCUUUAUUGGAACAGUUUGCAUCACCUUUUCUAGCAGAAGCACUGAAAAAAACAGAAAUCAAACAAGAAAUUCAGGAUACGGUUGAAAAGGUGUCUUCAUCAAUUUUUUCGAGCAUAGAUCGCUUGUUGUCCAAGACGAAGUGGAUGAGUUCCAAGAUAAAGAAUCAGUUUCUUCAAAAGGUAAACAUGAUGGAUUUAAGAUUCCCAUUUAGGAAGGAGGAAAACAUCAGCAGAACAUUACUCUUUAAAACUUCCGAAAUAGAACCUGAAAAUUAUUCUGGAAUCGUCAUUAAUCUUUACAGACAGGUGAUCAUCGAAAAGUUGAAAAAACUCACGCCGACAAAGGAUACAGUUGAAAUAAUUGAACCUGGGGAAUUUCAGCUAACAUCAGAAAUAUCAGUUUCAGGAAAUAGAUCCGUAGUAUUUGCCUUCUUUGACAAAAUUCGGGAGCCUUAUAUUAGAAUUUAUGGACCGGAGGCGCUUAGUUACGGAGGCUUUGGCACAUUUAUUGCAAAGACAAUUUCAAGAAUACUAAUCAGAGAAGACCCGGCGACACACUUAAAUGAUGAAACGCACUUACUAGGCGUUUGGUCAAGCAAUACAAAUAUCAGCAGCUGUCUAAUCAACUUCAUAGCUGAUCGUUUACCUAUCAGUGAGGAGUCUUUAUCCGAUGUGAGGGAGCUCUUCCUUGAUCAAAGUUCAUUGGAGAUAGCUUAUGAGAGUUUGAAAAGUAGAACAGAAGAUGAAAAGAAAGCACUCCCAGGACUGGAUAUGAGUGAGGAACAGAUGUUUUUCCUCGCCUACGCUCAGACUAUGUGUGGAGAAGAAAGUCAGUUAAAUAAGAAUCUGUACGUUCCAACAGAAGACAGGUUGAAUGCAGUUGUCUACAAUUCAAAGGCUUUCUCGGAAGCCUAUAAAUGUAAUUCGUCCUUUAAGCAGUGUGAAUUUUGGACAUAAUGUCUUCUUCCCUAAACUACUUUUUGUAAAACUCCAUUUUUAAAUAAAAGUGUGUACUAAAA